GUCCUCUUUCCCAAUCUUUCGAAUUCGAGAACCAUUGUGAGACAAAAUAUCCGUCAAGAUGACGGCCGACUACUUGCUCUAUGAGUCCAGUGUGGGCUACUCGAUCUUCAAGGUCGCCUUGCAGGCCGAUAGUGUCGGCAACAGGCUUAAAGAGGUGCAGGAGCGAUCCCAAAACCUGGCAACCUUCGGGAAAAUGGUCGACCUUGUGUCCUUCGCGCCAUUCCAAGGUGCCAGCCAAGCCCUCGAAAACGCAAACGAGAUUUCGGAAGGCCUUGCAUCCAAUUUCCUGAUGGCCGUUGUCGAAGCGAACAUUCCCAAGUCUAAAUCGAAGAAAUCCAUCCUCGGUGUCUCCGACAAGAAUCUUGCGUCGAGCAUCAAGUCGUCGUUCCCCUACAUCGAAUGCGAGACGUCGGAGACCAGCGAAGUCGUUGCGGACCUCCUUCGCGGACUCCGCCAGCAUGCUCCCAAGCUCCUGAAGCAGCUGCAGGAGACCGACAUCGGUCAAGCUCAGCUUGGUUUGGGUCACGCAUACUCUCGCGCGAGGGUAAAGUUCAGCGUGCAGAAGAACGACAACCAUAUCAUCCAGGCGAUUGCGACCCUCGACCAUCUCGAGAAGGCUGUCAAUACGUUCUCCAUGCGCGUCCGAGAAUGGUAUUCGUGGCAUUUCCCCGAGCUUGUCCGCCUCGUUUCAGAGAACCAGAAAUAUGCUACUGUGGCCCUUUUCAUUGGCGACAAGAAGUCACUGUCCGACGACAAGCUGCAUGAACUCGCUGCUCUUGUUGACGAUGAUGAAGCGGUGGCGCAGAGCAUCAUCAAUGCGGCAAAGGUCAGCAUGGGACGCGACAUGUCUGAAGGAGACAUGGACCAUGUCAUGAACUUCGCCAAGAGGGCGGUGCAACUUUCGAAGUUCCGCAAGAGCCUCCAGAAUUACCUCAUUUCCAAGAUGUCCAUCGUGGCUCCUAACGUGGCCGCUCUUAUUGGCGACACCGUUGGCGCGCGCCUCAUCGCCAAGGCAGGCAGCUUGACCAACCUUGCCAAAUGCGCCGCAUCGACGGUGCAGAUCCUGGGAGCUGAGAAAGCGCUAUUCCGAGCUCUGAAGACCAAGGGAGCGACCCCGAAAUACGGUCUCAUUUACCACUCAUCUUUCAUCCAGAAAGCUGGCCCGAAGAACAAGGGAAGGAUAUCCCGGUUCUUGGCAAACAAGACGUCGGUUGCAGCUCGUAUCGAUAACUUUUCCGAUGCCCCAACGCGGGCGUUCGGUGAGGCGCUGAGGAAACAGGUUGAGGAGCGAAUCGACUUCUACAACACUGGUGCCGCGCCCAGCAAGAAUGCCGAUGUUAUGAAAACGGCUAUGGAUUCCGUGCUGUCUGAGAUUCAGAUCGACCCGACCGCUACUGCCGACGAGGAUGUCGAGAUGGCGGAUGGUGUCACCGCCCAAGCGACCGAUCAGAAAGUGCGCAGCAAGGUUAAGAAGGACAAGAAGGAGAAGAAGGAGAAGCGGAAGUCUAAGUCCGCUGUUGAUGAGGAUGAUGCCGAGGCUGAGGAGGAGGUGAAGGAGGUGAAGAAGGAGAAGAAGGAUAAGAAGAAGAGGAAGCAUGAUGAUGACGAGGGCAAGAAGCACAAGAAGAGCAAACACUAGCGUGAUGCUCUCAUCCACUUCUGUUUCCUUCUGAGCAUCGUGUACGGCGUUUAUUGAGGGCCCAUGAAGACUUUGAAGGGGCGUUUGGUGUUAAGUCGGGAUCCGAAAUGCUUUGGUGUACAAUUGCUGCGACACUUGUGGCAGGCGGUGGUCUUUCAGGAGUACUUCUGACACUAUUGUACACGCUAUACUUCCGUCGACUCUCCCUUUCCUGGUCCCCCUCCGGACUUCGGAACUAUCUUCAAUGAAAAGUCUACAUGUUUCACACCUUGAUGGAUGCUGCUCGUGCUGAUCACAUCGAUGUCCUGACACACAUAUGCCUCCACAUUCUCCUCCGUCAGCCCGCCACUCACUUCCACCAGCGCCUUUCCCCUCCCCCAC